AUGCCUUACGCCGGCAACCUCCCUACCCCGACAGAUGAGAAAGUUUCUCAGAUUCUUUCCAUCAUCUCAGCAUAUCGUCACCGCUCGGCAAAUGUCGCUGAUCGCUUCUCUGAAUUCGUUCCAACUCUCGAGAAGCAACUCUCUGAAACUGUCUCCAAAGGCGAGACUGUGCGAUUCAUUCUCCCAGCUUUCCCCUUCAAGGCCCCCGCCGAGGGCGGCAAGCGCAAGACCCUAGGCUCUCUGCCCGACAAAGCUGAGGAGAUUGCCUUGCAGGUCCUCGACGGAUUUGCCGACUCCAUCGCAGAGAUCUACGAAGGGGGUGCUGCUGUGGUACUCGUUUCAGAUGCAUCUGUGUACGGAGAUCUUCUCAACAUCCCCGAUGCCGACGCCUUCACAUACCAGCAGGAAUUGAAGAAGCUGGCCUCAUCUCUCGGUCUCACUCACCUUGAAUUUGUGCGUCCAGGUACUCUGGCUGGCGUUGCUCCCGAGGAAGCCAAGACGCUUGAGGAGUAUUCCAAAGCUGUCUCUCAGACCCGUAAUCUUCUUGACGGCACCCUGGCUCAGUCCGUCGAUGCCAAUGAAGAUGAGAACGUGCAGGCAACAAGCAAGCACUACGACACGGCACUGCCCCAGUCCGAGGACCCCGAAGCCUUCAAGGCUGCUAUGCUCAAGCGGGGCAAGGCCUACGCCAAGCUGAUUGCACAAUCAGCCGAGUCGACAAUCCGCUUGUCUAUUCACGAGUCUAACAAUGUCGGUAAGGUGACUCUUGACCUGUUCCCACCCGCGACCAACCCAGACUUCAUCACUCCCUGGCACGGCGCUGUUGCGGUCCUGGCAGAUGCCAGCGUCCGCAUUGUCGACGCCUCUACGGUCGACAUGUCCAAGUUCGACGUCAUCAACAAGCAGGGUCGCCCUUGGCUACUUCGCGAAAAGUCCGAUCUCUUCGACUGGUUUGGCAUGGAGCUCGACUUUGAGCCUCUCUUCCCCUGUGGUAUGCUGGUCCGUCCCACCGAGGGAUACGGCCCCUACAAGUUCGAGGAUGUCAACAUGAAGCGCGUGCGGAAACUCGCGCUGUCCACGGCCCCGCUUCUUCUGCGUGGCUUCACCAUGGAAGUUGAAAAGGAGGUCUUCCGAGGCAAGGCCCGCGAGCUGGGUGAGAUUCAGAUGUGGCCCUUCGGAGACAUCCUCGAGGUCCGCGAGAACGCCGACUUCAACAUGAACAACGUGCUCACCCGCGAGGCCAUGCCUUUCCACUACGACGGUGUCUUCAAGACCGUUCAGGAUGAAAAGACCGGCGAGUGGAUCUCGGUCCCUCCCCUCUUCCAGAUGUUCCGCAACCGCGCCGCCUCCCAGUCCAAGGGUGGCUUGACACUCUUCGCCUCGUCGCGCAACCUCAUCCCUCUCCUGGGACCGGACAGCAUUCCCCUCGAGGAGCUCCGCAAACUCAAGUGGAAGACCUUUACCGCCGUCAACGAGGCAUUCGGUGGCCAGGAGCUCAACCUGCCUUUCAUCAUCACCCACCCGGAGUCGGGCGUGGACACCUUCCGCUUCCACGAGCCCUGGCCCGCGAGCAAGUGUAUCGCUGGCAGCAGCGAGCCAACCAUUGUGCAGGUUGUCGGCUGGUCCGAAGCCGAGAGUGACGCACUCGGUGAAAAGCUCACCCGACUCUUGUACGAUCGCCGGGUUGCCUACCGUCACCAAUGGCAGGCGGGCGAUUUCAUCUUCAAUGACAACGCCAUGACCCAUCACACUCGUACUGCGUUCGAGGAUGGCCACCGUGAGCACUGGCGUGUGCACGUCAGCUAA